AUGGAUGUGGAACUCAAAAUGCGUCAACUGAUCUCCCGGCGGACAACUCUACUCGCUUCACUCAACCGUGCUCAACAGUUUUUGGACAACUGCGAGGCCAAACUCUUUCAAAUAAAAGCCGGAUUGUUAUCUAUCCUGCCGCCUAUUCUUCCUAGCGCUGAUCUCCCUACUAACCCCCCUUGCUCUAACUCUGGUCUUGCUGGUUUAAAAUUGCCUACUAAAGCUUUGCCCGAGUUUAACGGUGACUACCAAGAGUGGCUUGGAUUUCAUGAUACCUUUCAUGCGCUGAUACAUACCAAUGUGGAUGUUGCAGAUAUCCAAAAAUUCCAUUAUUUGCGAGCAGCGCUAAAAGGAGAAGCGUCACAGGUAAUUGAAUCAAUUUCUAUUAGUGCAGCAAAUUAUAAUUUAGCUUGGGAAGCAUUAGUGUCACGCUACUCGAACGAGUACUUACUCAAAAAACGCCAUCUCCAAGCUCUUUAUGAAACACCGCGGAUGAAGCAAGAAUCCGCAGCCGCACUUCAUGGGCUUGUUGACGAAUUUGAAAGGCACAUCAAGGUUCUCAAGCAGUUGGGAGAGCCCACAGACUCGUGGGGUACAAUGUUAGAGCAUUUACUCUGCACGAGAUUGCAUGACGAGACGCUGCGACAAUGGGAAGAGCAUGCUUCAACAAUCGAAAUCCCGUCGUACGCUAACUUAUUCGCACAUUGCUCCAACGAUGCGUGGUCCGUCUGGUGUGUCAUCGAAAUACAGGCGGCCCUUCGGGACGACGAAGUUUUCUACAAACGCCAUCACAGAGGAACUAGCGAACGAAAAUGGAGUUGCCACCCGGCUUGGCAUGUCAAUGCGUCAAUUCAGGAAGCUGUCGCUAAGGAAAAACUGAACCAGAUUAACGCCAAGCGGUUAUGCUUCAACUGCCUUCGAGAUGGUCAUUUGGUGAGCAAGUAUCCUGUUAGGGGAAGCUGUCGAGCCUGCCAGAAGCGGUAUCAUACUAGCAUACAUCCUGGGUAUGUAGAGGAACUCAAGGUCAGAGAAACAGGAACGACAAAUGUCAAUCUGCUGUUGGUAUCGGCGCAAACAAACGUUACUACUGCCGCUGCAGCACGCGUCGAGCCCACUACGACGCACAUUCCAGAUGAGCCACAAGCAUCCAUUUACGCAAUACAAGGAUAA